CCCGGGGGGGACCUGCCCCGGCGGGCCGCGCCGUGUCGUGCCGCGCCGGGCCCCGCAGCCCUCCGCCGGGCCGGACGGGGCGGGAGCCCAGGGGAGGAUGGGCUGAGCGGGGCGGAGCGGAGCGGAGCGGGUCAAUACGCGGGGACCCGGCGACGGUUGGGGUGUACGGGCACCGCUCGCCAUUGGGGCAGCUCCCCCUCUUCGGCUGCAGCGAUGAGCCGCGGCACCCCCAGCCCGUCCGCCCCGCCCCGGGGGUGCAGCCCCGCACGGCAGCCGCUCGGCCCCGGGAGCCCCGGGAGCCGGGGCAUGGACGUGCUGCGCUGCCCGUCCUGCCUCCUCCUGCUGUGGGAGCCGGUGACCGUGUCCUGCGGGCACACUGUCUGCAAGGGCUGCCUCGGGGGGCCCCGCUGCCCACUGUGCCAGGAGAGGCUGAAGCUGCUGGGCGUCGGGGCGGCGAGGAGCAGCGUGGUGCUCUGCGGCCUCCUGGAGAAGUGUGUGCCCCGGGAGAGCCGGCUGGCCGGGCUGGUGGCCCGCGUCCGGGACCGCUUCACGCGUGGGGAUGUAAAGGAAGCGCUGAGGAUGGCGCAGAGAGGGCUCGAGCUGGCCCCAGAUGCCACCUCCCUGCGGCUGUGCCGAGCAGAGGCAUUCGCAGCACUGGGGCAGCACCAACAAGCACUGGAGGACCUGGACACUGUGUGCAGGGCUGAGCCUGGACAGCACGAGGGUUUCUUUAGGAAAGGGAAGGUGCUUCUGAAGAUGGGACAAAGAACUGAAGCCUUGCUGGUGUUGGAACACUGCCUGACACUCAAUCCCAAUUUCCACCCUGCUCAGAAAGAGAUGGAGAAGAUCCUCAUGCAAGAGGAUGCUCCCCAGGCAUCCCCAUGCACGGCUGCUGCACACCCAGGUGAUACUCAUCAGGGCUCAACUGGUCCCCAGGUUGAUGGGGGGAGCCCUGUGCUCCCAUCUUCUGCACAAGCUCAGGAUCAGGAGGGAGAGCCAACGGAUGGAAGAGGGGACGCUGGGUCUGAGCACAGCCAGGGGACAGCCACCCUUUCCCAGCGGGGGCAACAAGAAGAACCGGAGACUUCAGCAGAGACGCAAGGCCGGUGGCUGGUAGAUAACGAAGAGGAAACAGCAGCAGCAAAGUGUACCCAGCUAUGCUGGGAGCUGCUGAGUGUAUCUGAUGUGGAGUGCUCCCUCUGCAUACGGAUGUUCUUCGAGCCGGUGACAACGCCGUGUGGGCACACCUUCUGCAAGGAGUGCCUUGAGCGCUGCCUGGACCACCGGCCCAACUGCCCCCUCUGCAAACAGAGCCUGAGAGAGUACCUGAAGGCUGGAAGCUACAGCCCCACUGUGCUGCUGCAGGACAUCAUACUGGCCACCUUCCCCUCAGAGCUGGCCGAGCGCCGGGACCUUCACCGGGCUGAGAUGGCAGAGCUCUCCAACCUGACCAAGAACAUCCCCAUCUUCGUGUGCACGAUGUCCUUUCCAGGCAUCCCCUGCCCUCUGCACGUCUUCGAGCCUCGCUACCGCCUCAUGAUCCGGCGGUGCCAGGAGACCGGCACGAGGAGAUUCGGCAUGUGUAUAUAUGAGCAUGGGAAAAGUUUUGCUGACUAUGGCUGCAUGCUGGAGAUACGGCAGAUCGAGCUGCUGGCGGAUGGGAGGUCCUUGGUGGACACCAUUGGACGGCGGCGGUUCCGGGUGCUGAGCCGCGGGCACAGGGACGGCUACAACACUGCCGACAUCGAGUACCUGGAGGACAGGAAGGUGGCUGGGGAGGAGCUGCAGGAGCUGCAAUGCCUGCAUGAAAGCACCUACUGCUUGGCUCGGCAGUUCUGUGAGCACCAAGACCUUGCCUCCAGGCACAUUUUGAUGCAGCAUGGACCGCUGCCGGAGAAGGAGGAGGAUAUCCAGGCUUCAGCAGACGGCCCAACGUGGUGCUGGUGGCUCAUCUCCAUCCUGCCUCUUGACCCGUCCUACCAACUGAACCUCUUCUCCACCACGUCACUGCGCACCCGCCUUACGCAGCUGCAGCGCAUCCUGGCCACGAUGCUGCAGCAGCCCCCCGAGCGCAGCCCCCGGGGCCGUGUCUGAGCCCCCCGGCUCCGGGAGAGCGCCCCAAGGGUUUCUUUGUGUGUUGGGUUUAAGUGUGGUUUGAGCCCCUCCAAAAGUGACCUCAGUGAUGAGCUGGGCACCCUCUGCCUGGCUCGGUGGGGCUGGUGCUGCACCAGCAGUGAUGCUGCACCAGCAGUGAUGCUGCACCGUCCGUGCUGCCUCCAGGAGCUGCUUAGUGACACGGCCGGGCCGUGCUGCCGAAGUGGGGACUGGGAUGGAAAGAUGGGUUGUGGCUCAGGAGCUAAAAUCUCUUCUUGAGCUGCUUCGGUACUAAGGAGGAUUCUCCUUAGGCAGAGGACUGAGUGACAGGGUCGCCUCAGUAUUGGCUCUUCUUUGAAGGACAACAUAGAGGUUUCUGAUAGCUGGUCCGGCUCCGUGUUGCAGGUUUAGAGGCUUGGGAGAGGUGGCACCAGGAGGCAGAGAAGUCCUGACUGCUUUGUCCUGCCACUGCUUACGACUUUGACUUAAUUUCUAUUUGAACAAGAAGAAAGCUUAAAUUAAACCAUCUGAAUCUCAUGGCCCUGCUCCUAACCACCUCCAUGGCACAUAGCAAGUAGAUGCUGCUUUCCAAAUUCACCUGGGUCUGGACAUUCCCUUCCCACCGCUCUGCUUGGUGCUCUGCUGUGUUUGCUGUGCCAAGUUUGCUGGCCCUGGAGCUCUGCCGGAGGCUCCUGGCCACUUCUCUCACUGCCAGCUCCACUGUUGUGAAGUGCUAUGGGAAGGGGGAUAAUUUGGCAGCAUUGGUGCUUUUUCUCCUGUCCAAAGCCUGGCUGGGUUCAGGUUCCAGAUUUGGACCUGUGGGCUGGAAGAAGCCAAUGAGAUGAGGGAGUUAAGCCUGGCAGUGAUUUUGUGAGACUUUCUGCUCCUUGACUAUUGCAGUUUUCCUGUGUUCAAUGUUUCUUGUGAACUUUCUGCCUCCUCAGGAGAAAAUCAGGAUCCAAGCUGAGGCCAAAUCCUUGCACUUGGGACCCAGAACAGUUCAGGAUCCUCCAAAAGAGCACAGAAUGAAGUUAAAGGGAACUGAACCUUUGGAGAAGCAGGGAGAGGGUAGGACCAGUGACUGAGGCUGAGCUCCUUGUCAGGAGAGCAAGUGCCUAUCUGCAAGUGCCUGCAUGCUGCUUGUCUCUGACUACAGGGAAGAUUAUCCCCCAGGACAGACCAGGCUUUCCUCCAUGGAAAUCCUGAAGGUUUGGGAUUUUUGUCUCUCAUUCAUAAUUUCAGCGGUUUUGGGUUGAAUUUUAGGAAUGACAUCCACUUGGUCAUUGGAUGAACAUCAGUUCCAGAAUUCUAUCCCUGCUUUUCUCAAAGGUUCCACACCCCAUGUGGGGGCUCAGUGGGUUGUUGGACCUGUGUGUGGGAGAGAAAAUCAGGCUGUGAGUACAGUGCUCCUUAUUGCACAUGUUGCUGGGCUGAGCAUGGGACAGGAGGCUCUAGACACAGCUCCGGAGGUCCCUGCCCAGUGCCAUCACCUUUCCAUGUCCUUGCUGUCUCCAGGAAUGAGAGGUCUCAUUCCCUUCUUUCCAGCAAAGUGCCUCCCCAGAGCAACAGUUGGCGACGUGAGUGCUUGCUCCUCAGGGACCACAGUGAGCACAAGGGUGCAGCUGAGGGUGAUUGAAAGCUGAUUUGCUCCUCUACCUUUAAGCCAUGUCAUCCCCCACUUUGCUGCUGUCUCCGGGGCACCAUGAUUCCCCAAAGAGACUGUAUCUCCAGGAUGUUGGAUGGAGACCGGCAUGGAGGGAUGCCUUGAAAUCCUGGGCAGGUACAUGCAGGUAGCAGGAUGCCAUUGUCAUUCAGAAAGUGCCUUUCUAUUCUGUGGGGUUGAUGUGAGCUCACCCAGUGGCUGCCUUGCCCCAAGCACCUCACCUACCUUUUCCCCAUGUGUGGGAGCUCCCUGGGCUUCUGUGGGUCCCUUCAGCAAGGGGGUGGCUUUAGGGGUGCAGGGGGGAAGUGUGGGUCUGCACCAUGUCCACACUAGAGAGGAGCUGGGGACCAGAGCCACAUCUGCCUGUGAAGAUGGGAAGGGACUCGUGCGAAUCACUGCGGUUUGCUUGCAGCGCCUUUGGGGUUUGUAUUAGUAUCUUUGUUCUUUGAAUUAAAUCUUCUUCCUGGUCACUGAAAUAAAGACUUUUUCUUUUUUUGGUGCUGGUGGU